UCCAACGGGAAAGCAGCAACUGGUCCGCUCGCCUCGCCGGUGCUGCUGCUGCUGCUGCUGCUACACCUACAACCGACGAAGAAGAACAGACAGAAGGACGCACACUACGAAUAGUCCCGUUGGAAUAAAGCGGCACAGAGCUGUGUUUACGCAGUUUGCAGGGUUUCACACUUGGACAGCAGAGCGUCUUCGCCAAUGGCCAGUCCGGUUGCAGACAUAGGACAGUGUCAUCAGCAUCAUCCUGGGACCGAGUCGGCCGCAGACAGCGCGUUUCAAGAGGCGCAGAAAUGGAUAGAGGCUGUUACGGGAAGAUGCUUUGGUGACAAGGAUUUCAGAGGAGGUUUGGAGAAUGGGAUACUACUAUGCGAGUUGCUGAGUUCUGUUAAACCUGGCCUGGUGAAGAAAAUCAACAGACUUCCAACACCCAUCGCUGGCUUGGACAACCUCAGUGUGUUUCUUCGCGGCUGUGAGGAGUUGGGACUGAAGGGCUCCCAGCUGUUUGACCCUGGAGACCUGCAGGACACGUCAACUCGUCCAACAGCCAAGGGAAGUGACUGCAGCCGAAAACUCAAGAAUGUUCUAAUCACCAUCUACUGGCUGGGUCGUGCUGCCAACAGCUGUACCUCUUAUAACGGGCCCACAUUGGACCUGAAAGAGUUUGAGGGCCUGCUGUCACAGAUGCGAAAGGAGGCAGAGGAGGCAGAGAGCCCUAAACGCAGCAUCAGGGACAGUGGCUAUAUUGACUGCUGGGACUCAGAGCGCAGUGACUCUCUCUCCCCACCACGGCACGGCCGCGAGGACUCGUUCGACAGUCUGGACUCCUUCGGCUCACGCUCACGACAGACCCCGUCGCCAGACGUCCUGGUCACCCGCGGCAGCAGCGAUGGCCGUGGCAGUGACUCAGAGUCUGACGGUCCUCCCCACAGGAAGAUGCCAGACGUUCGUAAGGACGACAUGUUGGCACGGCGGACGUCCGUCAGCGAGCAUCGAACCGCUAUGCCCUUCAACCAGUAUCUACCCAACAAGAGCAACCAGAGCGGAUAUGUGCCGAUGCCACUCCGCAAGAAGAAGAGCGAUAAAGAGGAGGGGGGCCGCAAAAGUUGGAGUACGGCUACUUCACCUAUAGGAGGAGACAGGCCUUUCAGUCCAAAUGACGACCCUAGUUUAGAGUUCCCACCCAGAGAGUGCUCCAGUGUGUCCCCCACCCUGCUCUUUGAACUGCAGACACAGAUUCAGGAGGACGUGGAGGAAGGGAAGCUGCCUGCUUCCACUGCUGUUAGGAGGAGCAGUGAGCCUCUGGCCUGUAGCCUCCCCCAGCCUCAUGCAGACCCCCAAAGGGAGACUGCAUUUCACCUGGCAGUCACAUCUGAACAAAGUACUCCAGCUCGUUCGUGCUCAGAGGAGCUCUUCCACCAUCCGUCGACUUUAGCAGCGAGCAGCUCAGCCGCCGCAAGCCCCGUUGCAGCGUCUGGAAUACAUACAGGCCAGGAGGAGGCAGGUGUGAGGAAAGCAGUCACCAGUGGACCGUUAGCGGCAGAUGCAGAGAGAGGCGAUAAGCUGACCUCGCCUAAACACAUCAACACUGCAAGUCCCGCCCACGUCCUUCAUGUAUCCACUCCCUUGGCAACCGCUUCAUCGACCGAUAAGGGCCGACGAAAGAGUAGGGCACUGAGUGAAAGUGACGACCCACAAGGAGCGGCGUCUUGGUUGGACACCAGUCUUCCAGCAACAUUCACCCACACAGAUAGUGUGUCAGAUGACCCACAGAGUAUGAGUAUGAUCGACAUGCGUGGUGAGGAAGAAGCCAUGUUACAGCCCCACAGCCAGGUGCGACAUGAACUGAUGCACAACCAGUACAACAGGAUGAAGGAAGAUGAGGAUCACUGGCAGGAUGAUCUUGCCCGAUGGAAAAAUCGAAGGAGAAGUAUUUCCCAGGACCUGAUCAAGAAGGAGGAAGAGAGGAAGAUGAUGGAGCAACUAAUGUCUGGAGAUUCCUGCAUUUCACAGAGACGGAAAAGCAUCAAGACCUACAGAGAAAUAGUGGAGGAAAAGGAGCGUCGUGAGGAGGAGCUUCGGGAUGCAUACAAGCGAGCCAAGACCCCAGAGGAGGCGUCUGCUGUCCUCCAACGUUACGCCCAGCGUUUCUCCAUCAGCGAGGCGGUCUUGGAACGCCUGCAGCUGCCCAAGCUCCUCGACCGCAGCAUAUCUGCCGACCCCUCCUUCCCCUGCUCACCUUUCCCUUUGUCCUUGUCACUGUCCGCCUCUCCGACAACUCCAGAACCUCCUCCUGAAAUGGACCCCAACGGGCCCAUGAGGUACCUGCGCCAACACUCAGCCCCGGCUCCCAAGUUCACUUCUACACUAGAAGCGCGGAUAGAGGAGUUUCCCAAAGACUCGUCCUUACACCAGAGGCCUCAGAUUCGCUCACGCUCGUCUGAGCCACCAUCCACCCGAGCUCUGUCGCCCAAACCGGUGCCUUUGCUGACACCCAAGCCUUACUUCCAGUUCCGAUCGCCUGACUCAAACAAGAUGGAUGGUUUGCUCAGACUGAACGGUGACAUUAGCAGUGAUGAUGUUCCCACCACACCUGAAAGCCAAGGAAGAGAAUCUCCUGUUUUCGAACCUUGCUCCCCCAAUACCAGCAACAGCCCUACAGACGUUCCCUCAUCAGCAGCUACAGCGACACACAGAAAAAACACAUCCACAGUAAAAGGAAGUCUAGUGCCAACAGACGCUAAGGAGGCACCAAGUGGCACAGAGAUGGCCUCUGAGAUUAUCCAACAAGAGACCACUGAGCAUUCGACACCGCUAAAUCGGCCCACUUCACUUCCAACGGAACUACAGAAGCCUGAGGAAAGCUUUGGGAAAACUGAAGUCCAGUCAUCGCCUGCUCCAGAUAAAGAAUCAACUGCAGCUCAGCCAAAACCUCCUGCAGAAGCUAAAACAGAGCAAGAAAAAACAGAAUCAUCUAGUCAAAACGUGUCCAGCAUCAUCCAGACAGAGAUCAGCACACAAGUAACUUCACAGACCAGUGUUCCCAGUUCCCAAGAGUUACCACAAAGAAAAGAGAAUGUACCAAGUUUGUCUGCUCCAAGCUCCUUUGGAUAUCACCCACCCAAGGAAAUGACAGAGUUUGCAAACAGUGUCAGCUCACCUCUGGCAACCAACAGCCCUAAGUUACGCUGGGAGUUCUUCGCUCCGCCAGAAGAGGCAGAGAAGGAUCGCCGUGGCAACGUGUCAGUCCCGGUGUUGCCCCAGGCCAGGCGGGCCGACCGCUGGUCUUGGGACCCGGAUGAGGAGCGAAAGCGUCAGGAAAGGUGGCAGCAAGAGCAGGAGCGCAUGCUGCAGGAGAAGUACCGUCGAGAGCAGGAGAAGCUGAAGGAGGAGUGGGAGAAAGCACAGAGGGAGGUGGCAGAGGAGGAGAAGAAGUACCACGAGGAGGAGCGGAAAAUCUUGGAGGAGACGGUGACCCCUCUGACUCCUCGCUCCUCAGCCCUGCCCUCCCCCAGUAGAGGGGAGCUCUCCUCCACCUCGGAGCCUCAGGAUAGAAUCGUCCGCUCACUGGCCGACUGGGAACGCAAGCAGGAACUACUGGAGAGGCAGUCGAGAGGAAGCACAGAGAGCGUGGAGUGGAAACGCAGAGAAAACGACAGGACCAGUGACAUCAGUACAGCUGAUGAAAGCAUGAAAACAGCAAGAAGCUCAUUGAGUCAAAGCAUCAGCCAGACAGAUACACAUGGUCACAGUCUGCAGAACGGCCAAAAACCUCCUUCGAUGCCAGCCAAACCCUCCACUCCUGUCAAGAGCCAACACGAGUACCCAGCAGACAGCAACAAGCCCAGUCGACCUGCAGGAGACCGGAGGAGUGGCCCUCUUGAUAAUAACAUGGGCCGCAGCUCAUCAAAGCCCCCCACAGCAUGUCCGCCACCUCCAGACACACUGCCUCCAGCACCCAACAGGUCUGUAAGUGGGAAGAAGCUGUGUUCCAGCUGUGGGCAGCCAUUAGGGAAGGGAGCAGCGAUGAUCAUAGAAACACUGAGCCUCUACUUCCAUAUUCAAUGCUUUAAGUGUGGGGUGUGUAAGGGACAGUUAGGCGAUACGACCACAGGGACCGACGUCCGAAUCCGUAACGGCCUCCUCAACUGCCACCAGUGCUACAUCCGUUCUCGCUCGGCCGGACAGCCAACCACAUUGUGACGCUCGACAGAAAAGCACAAAGUUCAUGGAAGAGCUCUCAUCCCUGUUUAACCAGAUUAUCUGCAAAUCAUGUCCUUUAAAGCGUGUCGGGAUCUUUGCAUCCACUGCAGCUCAAUAACCAAUGAAGAUUCAUCAUGUCGGGGCCGAACAGGGAUCUGGGGACAGUCAAAUGUUUAAAAUAAUAUCCUUCGUGUUUGUGUCAUCUGAUUUGUCAGUGAAAUCAAUCACUUUGGAUUCAAUUGGUCCAUUUACCACCACAGACUCUUGUUUCAUCAUGCAUCAAGAGAAAGAGAGAGACUGGUCUGCGGUGGCAGCCAUGUUAAAUCCAACAUCCUUCAGAACAAACAGCAACAUUCACGAUGCUCUAUUCAGAGACAUUCAAAGGCUAUAUUUAAUAUCUCACACUGUCAGAAUGAACACUUUAAAGGAUUCAGGCUGUGAUUAAGAAGAAUCUGUUCUCCUGGUUGGAAGAAAAUGUGAAUAUAUACCAUUCAGUUCCAUAUAAUGGAAAUGCAGUACAUCACAAAUACAGAAUCACUUUUUUUAUCAUUUAGGAAAGUUUUUAGCGGCUUAAUUUGGAGUGAAUCCAAAAUCUGGAAAGUGAAUAUGUGUUCAGGCAGCUUUGAUUGGAUUACUUUAUUUUCCCUCAGCAGGCUGCCUCUGAAAAAUUUAUUUUAUUCCCUUGUGAUGAAGAACGAAAUCAAUACUUUGAUGCUUAAGAGAAGACACAAACUUAUGUAGAAAGUGCAAUAAAGGUCACUCUAUCCCAAUAUUUAGAGCCACACACAGAAUAAACACUAGUACCUUUAAGAAACGCUAUAAUCAUUUUGGUUUUUUGAUCCUCAAGCACUAACACGUGUCGUGUUCUGUGCUCCAAGAUUAAAAUCAGCUUCUAAUAUAAACACAUAUUACAGAUGUAGUUUCAUUUUUAGGGCAAUAACGUGAGCUGUUGAUGUGCUUUGGGUUGUUCUGCGUCAGCCCAUCAGCUUGGAAAGUCAGGACUUCAAUGUGCCUUAGGAAAGCAAGACGAUGCAGGAAAAAAAACACCAGCGAUGUGGUGUUUAGUUUCUUUUUAUUGUUAUAUUUUUGAGUGCAGGGAGGGAUUUGGCCAAAUUUGAGCUCUAAACAACAGACAGACAGGUUGUAGCCCUCCCGUAAUUCAUGCUUUACUUCUGUUGAUAAGUUUAUUUUCACAUAACGCCCUAAUUUUAUAAUUUCCCCCUGUUAUUCCUCAGUGAUUUGCAGUGGGAGACAAAAAAAACAGCGCUGAGGAAUAUGUUGUCUAUUUGGAAAAGUAUAUACUGCAAAGGAAACAUUCAUCUAAUUAUGAAUGUUGUUUUAUUCUAGAGCGAGUAUAGGCUUCUGUAUGCUAUUAAUUGAGAUCAUUUUGAUAAUUGCUCAGUGGUAGGAUUCAUUUAUAAAGUAAAAAUUUAAAAAACAAAAAAACACAUACACGCA